CUUUUGGACUUUCUCACUUGCAGGGCAUUUAGUUUGCAAUCAGCCUGGCUUUCUCCCUGCAGCCGCUCCAACAAGAAAAUCAGCAAGAAGAGUUUGUUUUCAGGAGCCCACAACAGAGCAUUUUGGCCAAACAUCUCAUUCAUUUUUGUAUUUGCCCAAGCAAGUCAGCAAAGUGAGGAAAAUGGCAGAAUUGAAGAGCUGAUACAGCCUGGGCAGUGGCAGGGAAGUUUCCCAUAUGGUGCCCUGACUGCGACUGUUGGGGUGUGUGUCCUGAGCAAAUGAAGGUGUGAUUGUAGUACAGGAGCUUUACUCUAGCUAGCACCUGUAACAAUUGGAAAGCUAUGGUGAUAUGAACCUGGGACAAGCUAGCAACCCACUACAUGCCAGGAUUUGGGAAUGAAUGUGCCUCUGAAGAUCCACGCUGCCCUGGAGCUUUACCUGAAGGACAGAAUAACCCUCAGGUCUGCCCAUAUGGUCUGUAUGCAGAACAGCUUUCGGGCUCUGCCUUCACCUGCCCUAGGUCCACCAAUAAGAGAAGCUGGCUGUAUAGAAUUCUACCCUCUGUCUGUCACAAGCCCUUUGAACCCAUAGAUCAAGGACACCUGACACACAACUGGGAUGAAGUGGAGGCUGAACCCAACCAGUUGAGAUGGAAGCCUUUUGUGAUCCCGAAAGCUUCUGAAAAAAAACUGGACUUCGUGAGCGGGUUGCACACAUUGUGUGGAGCUGGGGAACCCAAGUCACGCAAUGGGAUUGCCAUCCACAUCUUCACCUGUAACACCCCCAUGAUCAAUAGGUGCUUCUACAAUUCAGAUGGUGACUUCCUGAUUGUACCGCAGCAAGGCAAGCUGCUGAUCACCACUGAGUUUGGCAAAUUGCUGGUGGAGCCCAAUGAGAUCUGUGUCAUUCAGCAAGGGAUGCGUUUCAGCGUGGAGGUGUUCGGAGACACCAGAGGCUAUAUCCUAGAGGUGUAUGGUGCACAUUUCGAGCUGCCUGACCUGGGACCCAUUGGGGCCAAUGGUCUAGCUAACCCACGCGAUUUCUUAGUACCAGUUGCCUGGUAUGAAGAUUGCCAAGUACCAGGUGACUACACAGUGAUCAGCAAGUACCAGGGCAAGCUGUUUUCAGCCCAACAGGAUUUCUCCCCAUUCAAUGUGGUGGCCUGGCAUGGGAACUAUACACCAUACAAAUACAAUCUGGACAACUUUAUGGUCAUCAAUGCUGUUGCUUUUGACCAUGUGGACCCCUCUAUUUUCACUGUCUUGACGGCCAAGUCAACACGACCUGGAGUAGCACUUGCUGACUUUGUCAUCUUCCCACCCCGAUGGGGAGUGGCUAACAACACCUUCCGGCCACCUUAUUACCACAGGAACUGCAUGAGUGAGUUCAUGGGGCUGAUCAAAGGGCACUAUGAAGCGAAGGAAGAAGGGUUCCAGCCAGGAGGGGGCAGCCUGCACAGCAUGAUGAUUCCCCAUGGUCCAGAUGCUGAGUGUUUUGAGAAGGCAAGCAAAGCCAAGCUAGAGCCUGAGAGAGUUGCAGAAGGCACCAUGGCCUUCAUGUUCGAGUCCUCCUUUAGCAUGGCUGUUACCAAGUGGGGCCUGAAGACCUCCAACUGUCUAGAUAAGACCUAUUACAAGUGCUGGGAACCACUGAAAAGCCAUUUUACUCUCAGCUGCAAGUAAACAGAAGUGAGCUGCUUGUGCACUCUCAGGCCAGUCACAGUGAUGGAAAACAAUCAGUGAUACUUAUCUGGCUGGCAAAGGAACACACAUCUGUCAAUACAAGGAGCACCACUGCACUGCAGUCAUUUCAACAGCCACCAAUUAAAUGAAUUACUCUUGCAAA